UCCGUGUGCGACUUAGUUACGAAUACAAAUACGAACCACCCACAAAUACUAAUAAAAACCAGAUCCCAUCAUCUAGACCAUCUCUAGAGAUAACAGAGGCUUCUUCUUCUGAUCAGUUCAUCAAAAAAAUGGCAUCAACGAUAGCCUCAUUCAAAUACGGAGAUAGUUUAGUAGUGGUUGGGAUCUCAAUAUGCACAGCUUUUCUCUGUGAAGCAAUCUCAUGGGUAUUAAUCUACAGAACCAAUUCAUACAAAUCUCUUCGUUCAACAAUCGAUAAAGCAUCAAAGAAACUAGAAGUGAUGAAAACGGUGGAAACAAAAGUAUCAGUCAAGAAAUCCAAAACCAAAAAGAUAGAUCGUGUUGAAACAAGUUUGAAAGAAUCAAGUCGUGAUCUAUCAUUAUCUAAGAUCAAAUCUGGUGUUGUUGUUGCUCUUGUUUUGUUCGUUGUGUUUGGUUUCUUGAAUUCACUCUUUGAAGGGAAAUCUAUUGCUAAAUUACCGUUCAGUCCUGCUGCUUUGGUACAGAAGAUGAGUCAUAGAGGGAUUCCUGGUGAUGAUCCUACUGAUUGUUCAAUGGCGUUUUUGUAUUUCUUGUGUUCAAUGAGUAUAAGAACAAAUUUGCAGAAGUUUCUAGGGUUUGCUCCUCCAAGAGGUGCUGCUGGGAGUCAAGGACUUUUCCCUAUGCCUGAUCCUAAGACCAAUUGAUGAAGCUUUGUUUCUCUGGUAAGGGAUUUUAAGUUGUUUUUUUUGGUGAUCUAAUUGGGGUUUUAGAUUGUGAAAUUUAGUAAGUUUUCAUCAGAUUAAGCAUAUCUUCUGAUGUACAAGUAUGUUUCUAAUUAGCAAUUGCCGGAAUAUUUUGCUGAAUAAUUUUCUUAGAAUUUAUUGUUAUCCUUGUAUGAAUGGUAAUGUGGUUCAAUUAUGUAUUUUUUUGUCA